AAUAGCGCAACGGUACUCGGUCGUCAGAACAGCUGUUUGCCGACUGGCGACUGUUAAGUAUCACAAUUCACAAGAGCAUAAAAAUUAAAAAACAAGAAAAAUGGCUACACUUUUGCAUAGAAUUGCCGUUGCCGUGGAGAAAUCUUUGCAAUCUGGACGGAUUUUGCGUGCUACUACGGCUUACGCCAAAGCAUCAUUGGCAUUCGAACAAAGGCGGAACUUAAAUGUUCACGAAUAUGUUAGCUACACUCUACUGCAACAAGAGGGUAUUACAGUUCCAAAAUUUGGUGUAGCAAGGUCCAGAGAAGAGGCCCAGAAGAUAGUUGAAGAGCUAGACUGCCUUGAUGUGGUUGUGAAAGCCCAAGUAUUGACUGGUGGAAGAGGAAAAGGACAUUUUAAAGGUGGCCUCAAAGGUGGAGUUAAAACUGUAUUUUCUGCUGAAGAAGCAGGAGAUAUAGCUUCAAAAAUGAUUGGUGAUUUGCUAAUUACAAAGCAAACUGGUGAAAAGGGCAGAAUCUGCAAUUCUGUUAUGAUUACUGAAAGGAAGUAUCAACGAAGAGAAUAUUACUUUACUAUUAUGCUGGAGCGAGCCUACGGUGGGCCAGUCCUUAUUGCAUCCACACAUGGUGGCAUGAACAUUGAAGAAGUAGCUCAUGAAAAUCCUGAAGCCAUUAUCACUGAACCUGUUGACAUUAUUAAAGGGCUAACAAAAGAACAAGCACUCUUGGUGGCUGACAAGUUGGGUUUGACUUCAAAGCGCGAAGAAGCCGCUGAUAUGUUCAUUAAAUUGUAUAACCUAUUCAUUAAAUAUGAUGCAACCAUGAUUGAGAUUAAUCCAUUAGCUGAGGAUCAGGACGGGAAAUUGAUGUGCUUGGAUGCAAAGAUGCGGUUUGAUGAUAAUGCUGAUUUCAGACAGUCGAGUGUGUUUUCAUAUCGAGAUUGGACUCAGGAAAACUCACAAGAAGUUGAAGCUGCAAAGUUUAAUCUUAAUUAUAUCGCUCUUGAUGGUGACAUUGCCUGCUUAGUAAACGGUGCAGGACUUGCAAUGGCAACUAUGGACAUAAUUAAAUUGCACGGAGGAGAGCCAGCCAACUUUCUUGAUGUCGGUGGCGGGGCAACUUCAGCGCAAGUUAAAGAAGCCUUUAAAAUUAUUACGGCUGAUCCGAAAGUUCAUGCUAUUCUGGUCAACAUUUUUGGCGGCAUCAUGCGUUGUGAUGUGAUCGCAGAAGGAAUCAUAAUCGCCGCAAACGAAUUGAACAUCAAGACGCCAAUUAUUUGUCGGCUUCAGGGUACAAAUGUUGAUGAAGCUAAAGUUCUUAUUGCUAAUUCUGGACUAAAGAUCUUGCCCUGUGACAACCUUGAUGAAGCAGCUAGGCUAGCAGUCAAACUAUCAAGCAUUGUUUCAUUAGCAAAGGCUGCAAGAUUAGAUGUCAAUUUUGAAAUUCCCAUUUAAUAACCAUUGUUUUAAAAUGGGAUUCUAUUAUAGGUCUCUAGUAGAUUCAAUCAUCCUAUAACCUCAUUUCUCCAGUGAAGCAAGAGAUCAUGUAUGUAUAACAAGGCACUGAUUGUUUAGUACUGAUAUGGAAGCAGUAUGUUAAUACAGUUACUGAUAUCUUCUUAUAAAACAAAUAAUAGAUUUGCUUUUGGAACAACAUGAUACUAAACAUCUCAGCAUAAUUUCUGUUCUCAACUUCACAUCUCUUCUAUCUUUGUUUGUUCCUAUUGUAAAUUAAAACUAUAAAAUACAUAGUUCAUAGUGCUGUGAAA